CCGAUUCGGAUCUGCUUUCGAUUAAUAACCGGCGUGUAAUAUUUAUCUAGAUGUGGAACAAGGCCUUUCUGUUUGUUAGAAACACGUUGAAUGCGACAGGAAUGAGAUCAGGAAUAGCGAGGAAUAUUUCGACCUUCCUCUGGGGUCUGGUGCUGUGUGUGUGCACGAUGCGCCAGUCCGCCCGCGGACAGAUUGGAGAGAUCUGUGGUCCUCACAUUGAUAUCCGCAAUGACAUCAGCGAGUUCAAGAAGCUGGAGAACUGCACGGUGGUGGAGGGCUACCUGCAGAUCCUCCUGAUAGGCGAUAAAAACCACAACCUUUAUCAGGAGUUUCGCAUGCUUAGCUUCCCCAAGCUCACCAUGGUCACAGACUACCUUCUCCUGUUCCGCGUAGCCGGCCUCGACAGUCUCAGCACGCUCUUCCCAAACCUCAGUGUAAUCAGAGGACGCAACCUCUUCUACAACUACGCCCUAGUUAUCUUUGAGAUGACCAGCCUAAAAGACAUCGGCCUGUACAACUUAAGGAACAUCACAAGAGGUGCCAUUAGGAUCGAGAAGAACCCAGAUCUGUGCUAUCUUGACCCUGUGGACUGGUCGCUCGUUAUGGAUGCAGAGUUUAAUAACUACAUAGCUGGAAACAAGCUGUCCAAAGAGUGUGGCGACGUGUGCCCUGGCAUUAUGGAGGAAAACCCUCAGUGCAUCAGGACCAGCUUUAAUGACAAUUACAGCUACCGCUGCUGGACUUCUAGCCACUGCCAGAAAGCUUGCCCACCAAAAUGCGAGGGUCUGGCCUGCACAGAUUCAGGCGAGUGUUGCCACCCACAGUGCCUGGGGAGAUGUACGGAAGCUGGGAAUGACAUGGCGUGUGCCGCCUGCCAGCAUUAUUCCCACGAGGGCCGCUGCGUGCCAGACUGUCCUCCUGGCACAUACCGCUUCGAGGGCUGGCGUUGCAUCACCAAGGAGGUGUGCGCCCAGGUCCACCUGCCCAGCGAAGUGGACUUUGUCAUCCAUGAUGGCGAGUGUAUGCCUGAUUGCCCACCUGGUUUCACCCGUAAUGAGAGCCAAAGUAUGUUCUGUAGCGCGUGUGAUGGCCUCUGUGAUAAGGUCUGUGAGACUAAAACUAUCGACUCCGUGGACGCCGCCCAGUCCCUCCAGGGCUGCACCGUCAUCAAAGGCAACCUGCACAUUAAUAUUCGUCGAGGCAAUAACAUUGCUUCAGAACUAGAGAAUUUCAUGGGUUUGAUCCAAACUGUGACGGGCUAUGUGCGGAUCAAACACUCUCACACUCUGGGCUCCCUGACGUUCCUGAAGAGUCUGCGCUACAUUAAUGGAGAGGACCUUUUAGAUGAUAUGUAUGCAUUCUCGGCACUGGAUAAUCAGCACCUGCAGCAUCUGUGGGACUGGAACCAGCACAACCUGACCAUCCGAGCGGGUAAACUUUUCUUCCGCUCCAACCCUAAACUCUGUAUGUCCGAGAUUCGCAAGAUGUGGGAGAAGACAGGUGUCUUGAGGAAGAUGGAGGAAGAUGAUGUUCGCAACAACGGGGAACGAGCUAGUUGUGAAAGUCAUAUUCUAAAAUUCAAGUACAACAAUACCCAGAGCACUCGAAUAAAACUGACCUGGGAACGCUACCGGCCGCCUGACUACAGAGAUCUCAUCAGUUUUAUAGUCUAUUACAAGGAAGCGCCAUUUCAGAACAUUACAGAGUUUGAUGGACAGGAUGGCUGUGGGUCUAGUUGGACUAUGGUAGAUGUGGACCUUCCUUCAGACAAAUUUAUGAAUCCGGGAAUUCUACUUCAACCGUUAAAGCCCUGGACGCAAUAUGCUAUUUUUGUGAAAGCCAUCACCCUGGUGGUAGAAGAUAAACACACUCUGGGGGCUAAGAGCGAGGUGGUCUACAUCCGUACCAAAGCUUCAGAGCCCUCAAUGCCCAGGGAUGCUCGCGCGUAUACAAAUUCGUCCUCAUCACUAGUGGUAAAGUGGUCUCCUCCCAUUUCCCCAAAUGGGAAUUCAACCUUCUACCUUCUCCGCUGGCAACAGCAGCCCGAGGACCGUGAGCUCUACCAGCACAACUACUGUUCGAAAGAACUUAAGAUCCCGAUUCGCAUCUCUGCCUCAGCCCUGUCAGAAAUAGAGGAGGACACUAAGCCCACAAAAUCCGACGUGUUUGGUGAUGAGAAAGGCCAGUGCUGCUCGUGUCCCAAGACCAACCAAGCCAUGAAGGAGGUGGCAGAGGAGCGUGUUAUCAGCAAAGCGUUUGAGAACUUCCUCCAUAAUUCUGUAUUCACACCCAGACCUCACAACAGUAGACGUCGUCGGGAUGUUUUUGGGGUCGCUAAUGAAACAUUAGCACGAGACUUGGGCCAGAACAAGACAACGUCUGAAAGCAACGUGUCCAAACCUGAACCCGUAGAGCAAGUGUAUCCAUUCUCAGAAGCCACAUCUCAGACUGAGUUCAUGGAGAUCUUCAACCUGCAACCAUUCACUGUCUACCGUAUAGACAUCCACGCGUGCAACUAUGAGGUCCAGCGAUGCAGUGCAGCUGCCUUCGUCUUCUCCAGGACCAAACCUGCAGGAAAAGCUGACAACAUUCCUGAUCCGGUAACCACUGAGAUGGUUGAAAGGACAGAGGGGACAGUCUUAUUGAGAUGGUCAGAGCCUACACAACCUAGUGGCCUCAUCCUUAUGUAUGAACUCAAGUAUCGCCAGGGCUCAGAGCCUGAGAAACAUGAGUGUGUGUCGCGGCAACAGUACCGGGAGCUUAAAGGAACACGGCUAACCAACCUGGGUUUCGGCAACUACUCGGUUCGUGUGAGGGCAACCUCGCUAGCGGGAAAUGGAUCCUGGACUGAUCCAGUGUCUUUCUACGUCCCUCAAUCCCAACAAGUCCAUGAUGGUAUGGUCUACUUAGCCAUUACAUUACCUGUCAUAGUGCUGAUCUUAUUUGUGAUUCUCAUCAUCACCGUCGUCUUCGUCAAAAAAAAGAGGAACAGUGAUAGAUUGGGAAAUGGAGUUCUCUAUGCCUCUGUAAACCCAGAGUAUUUCAGCGCAGCUGAGAUGUAUGUGCCAGAUGAGUGGGAGGUGGCUCGUGAAAAGAUCACUCUGUGUCGAGAGCUGGGCCAGGGUUCUUUUGGCAUGGUUUAUGAGGGCAUUGCCAAGGGUGUGGUAAAGGAUGAACCUGAGACCAGGGUGGCCAUCAAGACAGUUAAUGAAUCAGCAAGCAUGCGUGAACGCAUCGAAUUCCUCAACGAAGCUUCUGUUAUGAAGGAAUUCAACUGUCAUCAUGUGGUACGACUGCUGGGAGUCGUUUCACAAGGCCAGCCCACUCUUGUGAUCAUGGAGCUGAUGACACGAGGUGACCUGAAGAGCUACCUGCGCUCUCUGCGCUCAGAAAAGCAAGGUUCGUGCAGCCAGGCCCUUCCACCACUGAAGAAGAUGAUUCAGAUGGCUGGUGAGAUUUCCGACGGCAUGGCAUACCUCAAUGCAAACAAGUUUGUCCAUCGGGACCUGGCUGCCAGGAACUGCAUGGUGGCCGAAGACUUCACUGUCAAAAUUGGAGAUUUUGGCAUGACACGGGACAUUUAUGAGACAGAUUACUACCGGAAAGGAGGCAAGGGACUUCUGCCGGUCCGCUGGAUGUCCCCCGAGUCUCUGAAAGAUGGCGUCUUCACCACAAACUCUGAUGUCUGGUCAUUCGGUGUGGUGUUGUGGGAGAUAGCCACCCUUGCUGAGCAGCCCUACCAGGGUAUGUCCAAUGAGCAGGUAUUGCGCUUCGUCAUGGAGGGAGGCCUGCUGGACAAACCGGAUAACUGUCCAGAUAUGUUAUUCGAGCUGAUGCGCAUGUGUUGGCAGUACAAUCCCAAGAUGCGUCCCUCUUUCCUGGAGAUCAUCAGCAGCAUCAAGGAGGAGUUAGAGCCAUCCUUCAGUGACGUCAGCUUCUUCUACAGUGACGAGAACAAGCCACCGGACACCGAGGAGCUCGACGUGGAGGUGGAGAACAUGGAGAACAUCCCGCUGGACCCUGCUUCCACCCUGACUCCACCCUCCUCUCAGGGGCUUACCGAGACUGCUACUUUGCCCUCCGCCCCUAUGACCUGCACCUCGGUCCCUACACCCUCCACCUCGCCCUCUUCCUCUACAGCAUCUCCAGCCUUGGACUCGCACUUCGAUAACACACAGCCGUACGCGCACAUGAACGGCAGCCGCAAAAACGAACGAGCGCUUCCGCUGCCGCAGUCGUCGGCCUGCUGAAUUGCCCCCACGUGCACACGGUAUUCUGUAACUUCCCUUACCCAUGUUUUGUGGUCACAUGUACAAUUUUUUCCCUCUUGGUCGAUGAGAUAAACUCAAGGAGCAAAGAUGGAGUCCAUUUCGACAAUGAUAGACAAUGUCCUACUGUAAAUCAGUACAUUGCUUACUUAUUUUUAUGAUGGUUAUUAUUAUUUGAUGUUUUUUAAUCCAUCCCAGUGGAUGAUUUUACGUGUGGGACACAGAAAGGCUGCGUAAAGCUCUGGCAAUAUUUAAAAGGACUCGCAUAACCAUCACACUGGGGAGCUGCAGCAGUAAUUUCUUUUGUAUCAUAUUUUGUUGCUUUUUUUUUUUUUUUUUCCUAGAGGAAGUUUAAAGAGGUUUAAGCAUUUUCUCGGCCAGAGAAUUGUAUUUAAAAAGAAUUUUUUGCGUAUCAGCUAACAAGCCCAACUUCUGAGCACUUUUUAAAGGGCUUGUGUGUGUAUGUGUGUGUCUGUGUGUGUGUGUGUGUAUGUGUGUGUGCGCAAGCCUAGAGGUGUAUGUGGGGUUUUGCAGUAGAAGAAAACACACACAUUCCUCUCUGCAAUGCUGCACAUCUCUGCCUCACUCGCUUUAUUGUCACAUUUCUCUUUCAUGGUAGAGUAGUCAGCAUCUCUGCUAGGAUAGCUUUGUUCUUACGUUAGAACUGUUGUCCGGUCGAGCAAGCUGUCAUCCGCUCCAACUUUUUAGUAACCGCUGAUUUGUUUCUCUUUGUUUGCCAAAUCAAUACUACUUUUUCAUAUUUAUUAAUCAGAAUGUUUAUGUUCCCUGCUUACUUCCCAAAUUUUUGGUUGGACGAGAAAGUAUUGAAGUCAAGCAACUUUAGCUCUUACACUGGCCUCAUGCUUUUUGUUCCUGGUGAAAGCAGUCGGUCUGCUCUUCCCUCCGGCGUAGCUUCGACUGUCCUACCAUGACGUGACCGUGUCCACUCCAGCAUCCGAGAGAUGCACUGCCUCAAUGUGUUGUUUCAAGUGACAUCAAAACAGUCUGACAGCAAAUGAAGACGAAGUACAUGCUCCAAAGUGCUGAGCCAGAUAAGAGGCCGUCGAAAUCGCCUCAUGUACAAAGCGAACGGUUUGCGCUAAAAGGAUCGGCAGUUUGCAAAGACUUUGAGGCAUUGUACACAGCAGGUAUUUUGUUCAACUAGUCAUUUGUCUCGAUACAAAUCCGCCAAUUCUAUGAAGGUCUUACAGUUGUAUGUUAGACCGCCAGAUCAUUUACACACAUCACUGGUUCGUCACUUUUGAUACCUUUUUUACGGCUCCGAUGUUCUUUGUCUGUACAGAAAGAAGCUGCUAUUUUAUCCUUUUUUUCUUCAAGGAUGUUUUAUAUAUAUAAAUAUAUAAAUAUAUAUAUAAAGAAAUCCUUCAGGUUUAAUAUUUUAUGAUCUCCACUACAGUCCAUUUUCUUAUGCUUUAUACUCUUCUAGCAAAAAAUGAACGAAAAACAAAAAAGAAGAAAAAAAUUAUAUUUAAUAAACAGAUUUUUCCCCUUCCACUGAGAGGUUGUUUAGAUUGCCACAUACAAUCCAUCACCUGUUUUUAAUGUAUUAUUAUUAUUAUUAUUAUUGUGUUUGUGUAGAUUUUUUAAGAUGCCCUUGGUCUGUGUGAGUAGUUUUGGCACCCUUGUACCAGUUGUCUAGCACUGCACCAAGUCCUGCCCUCUAGGUGCAACAGAAACUCAGGUCAGAGUUAAGAUUUUGCUCUUUCCACGCAUCCCUGUCCCAGCUCCUCCUUCUAAUCUGUCGCUUUGUCUUUGGUGUAAAUGCGCUCUCUCUUGCUGCUCUGCCUCCCAUACGAGUGUGUACAGUAAUUUGUCUGCCUCCCCCGGUGCCUCAUUUUAAAGUCAAGAAGCAUCUUAUGUUUGUUGUGUUUUUUCUAUCACUAUCACCCCAGCUAUAUAAUUGCUUGGCAUCUGACAGGGCUACUUGGGUCAUUUUAGGUCCUGCCUUACAAAGCCCAACCGCUCGUCAUGCUGCUCUAGGCUGCAUUCUCCAACAUGACUCAGCAUAGGCUCGCAUUCAAUGGGUGCAGCCUUCUCUGAUGAAACAUCUGCAAACCAAAUACAGACACGGUCGGGUUAAACUCUAUUUCGAUGAAAGCGCUUCAUUUUUGGUUUUUAAAAACACUCGUUUUUUUUGAAGGAUCUCUCUUUGUACUUUGGGAAGUGUUGCCCAUGUGUAGUUUGUCCCUUCACAGAAGGCUGUUCUCCUCUUCUGUAGGGUUAUUUAUUCUAUUAUUAUUUUUACCUAAAUCACUGUAUGAAUGGCCCAAUGUAUUUAAGUUUUUAUUUGUAUUUUCCAUGAUGUCAUGACUGGGGGACUUUAUUUUUCAUUUCCUUGACGCAUUUAUCUACCUCACUCUUUUUUUUUUUUUUAUUAUGUAUGUAUGUGCAUAAAAAGAAAAUCUACAAAAAAUCUCACUAUUUUCUCACGUCUGUUGGAGACAAACCUCAGUCUCCAGACGAAAAACCUCAUCAGCAUCACAAACCACAUGCUCUCAGAGGACUGGAGAGAGGAAGGCUGUGCAGCAUGACAACCAUUCCAAAUUGCAUCCCACAUCAUAAAAGCCUGAAGCUCUUUUACUGUUAUGAAAAGAACAUUAUUUUAUGGACUAAUGUUGGAAUUAAAUUAAUAAAUACAAUUCCUUAAUGCAAGGAUGAAAAUUAAAGUAGAAGUGGCUCACGUGUUUAUAGCAGAAGUAAAAAGGACGUAGUAUAUAAUAUUUCGGACAGAGAAUUCGCACACAGAAUUAGCCACCCUCUCUCUUUACUCAAUAACGUGAUUUCUGCAACCAGGAAUCCUCAAAUCAUGCAGCUGGCUUUGACCAUUCAUGGCAUUCAUGGUUUUAUUCAAAUACUGCUGUGAUUGAUUUCCUGCCUCAACACAAACUGUUGAAUUUCCAAAGCAUUUACAAUUCGAUUUUUUAAAUAUAUAUAAAAUCAGUGUGUAUAGCCAGCUAAACCACUAUUUUGCAUUGAUUUUAUUUGUUUGGCCAACGUUAUAUUUCAUGAUGCAGGCAUGAAACAGUCACAAUGCGUGACUCUUGAUCUAUAAAUAUCAUCUCAUUCUGUUUAAGUGUUAAAGCUUUGGCAGUGACAGAGAGCAGUUCUGUAGUCACAUUUGCCCCCACUCUAACUCUAACAUCCUGCAGCAGACAUACUAACGUGAUUUUCUUUUUUUCCUUUUUUUUUAGUCUGAUUUGGCUCUUUCAGAAUGGCUGCGAUAGCACUGAUCAGACCUGUUUCACUUUCAGCUAUAAAAGUACCACUGCAUCAUUCCUUCACCGUUCUACUAACGCUUAACACCCGGAGACACAGCCAAAUAUUUAAAUGGUCUUGAGCCAGUUUUCAUUAAAAUAUGUUUGGCAUUAUCAUUAUCUCAGCAAAUAAUGAUUAUUUUAUAAGAUGUUCCUCUAUAAGAAAUUCUAAGAUGUACAUUACACAUUUUUGUGCUUGUAAGAAACUCAAUCUCAACUAAGUGGUUCAAUAUGUUCUAAAACAUCAAAUAUGCACCGAAGUAUGUGCUUUUGGGAAAUCGAGUAUUUAAGUAUUUGGCCUUCUACAGACGAUGUUACUGCAUGCUGUGCUGAUUUGGUUUUAAUUUUUCCUUCUGUUUCCUCCAGACAUUUCACACAAUAACCUCUCCCAUGUCCUUUUUUUAAAUAUCAAGAAAUACAGAAGUGUCUCAGUUAUUGUAUCUCUCUUCUGUAAUGCUGCUCCCAAUAUGCUGCUCCUCUGUCUGUUUCAAGGCCUCUUCAUUUCAACUGGCUAUUCUGAGCUUUGGACAGGUGCUCGGUCUCAGCAGAAUGGUUUUCCAAACAUCCAUUUACUAAAGUCAACUAAGCAUUAGACCACCGAUGUAGGUUUCACACUUGGCAAAGGACUUUAAAGCAUACAAAAACCUUUGCCAUCCAUAACAUCUCACCAACUCUGAGUUCUGCUUCGUAGCACUUAAUGUUCUUUUACUCUCUAUUCGUAGUAGUCUUCUGUAAGAGGAAUUUCAGGGCUAAAAAAUGUGGCCAGUGAUGGGGAGACCUGGUUGGGAGAUCAGAUUGCUGGAAAAAAAUCUAAUAGGAUGGAAAAAAAGAAAAAAAAUCAAUGGCGUUCCUAAUGGGACAAGAUGUUAAUCCAAAUCACCAUUCUUUGAAAGGCCUUGUACUUGUGUUGUUGCAUAUGUAUAUGGAUGGGAGUGUAUCACAUGUAGAUGUAGUGAUGUAGAUUUUGAUGUCUUUAUAUUAAGAAAAAAUAAUUACUAUAGAUCAGUGAUAUUUAUUUGUUUGUUUGUUUUUCUGUAAUGAAAUGGACAAAAGGGUUGGCUUGUUCCAAAGUGAAUGUCAGUUUUUGUUGAAUGCUGCCAAGGUCCCUAGUUAACUGUAGGUUACAAAUCUACUACAGAAACACAGACACAAAUAGGACAGUGAUGUCCAGUAGAUUACGGGUAGUCAUGAGAGAGAUUUAACAUGACUAGAUUUUUUUUUUUUAAGAGAAACGUUUACAGUAGAUAUAGCGCUUCUUGCAGUGACCGUUCUUUGCAUACCUGAAGAUCGAUUGACUGAAAGAGUUUGGUUUGUUUUGAUUUUUUUUUUCCUUUUUUCAAGUAUCAUUAAUUUUUGUUGUAUUUCCUCAGAAUACAAAACCUCAGGUUUAGAGAAGAUGCAUAGAUGCAUUUUAAUUGCAAUAAUUAGCUUGAGGUUUUAUAUACAUCAUUUUCCAGGCACUGUUAUUUUGCUUGGCAUUCCGGAUUGAAAAAAUACAAAAUAAAAUGAAAAUAGUUAAAUAAAAUGUAAAGGGGCCUUGUUCUACUGUACUGAGAUAUUUUCACUAAUAAUAAUGGUUUUUUUUUAUUUUUUGCAAGGAACUCUUAUCUCUGUUAUUGAACUGAUUGAUAGAAACUGAUUUGGUGAAACAGCUCGACUGGUACUUGUCUUCUCGUAAAUUAUGUAUCUGAGGCCUCCUCGCUUUUUAUUUUCUCCUCACUUCUAGUUCAGAUGGUAUACUUUUUACAUGACAUUGGCUUAAUGUGUAUCUGAAGAAUUUUCAUGUAUUUUCUUUUUUUUCUUAAAUUUUGAAUUAAAAAAGUGA